AUGCAGAGCGCAGUGUCGUCAUCGCCGUCUCCUUCGUCGCCGGAGGCCAUUCUCGAAUGGCUGCACAAAGAGAUGGGAUACCGUCCGCUCGGCACCUACGCGGCCGGCAAAUCACAUCUGCCGUCUGUUGAGUCAAUCCGUCGUAUUUGCCGCGGCAACAUGAUUCCGGUCUGGAACUUUCUAGUCACGCGCGCUAAGUCUGAGAAAACGGUGCGGAAUAUCCGACGGAACAUUACUGUGCAUGGCGGGGACGGUGGCGGCGAGGCGAAGGAGGAGGCCAGGGGGAAGGGCGCGAGGAAGAAGGAAAGGGCGCUAGUCGGCGAGGGUUCUGAGACAGCGACGACGAGGGAUGCAGCGUUGCAGGAGCGGGAUUUAGCGGCGAAGGAGGUGGAGAGGCUGAGGAACAUUGUGAGGAGGCGGAGGAAGGAUUUGAGGGCGAAGAUGCUCGAGGUUUCCAGAGAGGAGGCUGAGAGGAAGAGAAUGCUCGAUGAACGAGCCAAUUACAGGCAUAAACAAGUGAUGUUGGAGGCUUAUGAUAGACAGUGUGACGAGGCUGCAAAAAUAUUUGCUGAAUAUCAUAAACGUCUCUAUUACUAUGUAAAUCAAGCUAUGGAUUCUCAAAGAUCAGGUGUGGAUUCUUCUGUUGAAAUGGCCAAUAGUUUUAGUGCCAAAAGUGAGAAGGAAGCUGUUUAUUCUACUGUUAAGGGCAGUAAAUCUACAGAUGACGUCCUUCUGAUUGAAACCACAAGGGAGAAAAAUAUUAGAAAGGCUUGUGAGUCUCUUGUAGCUCAUAUGGUUGAAAAAAUACGGAUUUCUUUUCCUGCUUAUGAAGGAAGUGGCAUUCAUUUAAAUCCUCAGGCAGAAACAGCAAAAUUGGGGUUUGACUUUGAUGGGCAAAUUCCUGACGAGGUUAGAACUGUUAUCAUAAAUUGCCUAAAUAGUCCUCCUCAAUUGCUUCAGGCAAUCACUGCAUACACUUCGCGGCUGAAAAGUCUAAUCUCCAGAGAGAUAGAGAAAAUUGAUGUUAGAGCUGAUGCAGAGACCUUGAGGUACAAAUAUGAAAAUAACAUUGUUAUGGAUGUUUCAUCAUCUGAUGGGAGCUCUCCUCUACAGUAUCAACUUUAUGGUAAUGGAAAGAUUGGCGUUGAUGUGCCACCAGGAGGGAGUCAAAAUCAGCUUCUAGAUAGACAGAAAGCUCAUGUUCAACAAUUUUUGGCUACUGAAGAUGCACUCAACAAGGCUGCGGAAGCAAGGGAAACAUGUGAAAAACUUUUGAAACGUCUGCAUGGAGGCACUGAUGUUUCUUCACGCUCGAUUGGUAUUGGAAGUACAUCCCAGAAUGUUGGAAGUCUAAGACAACUUGAGCUGGAUGUUUGGGCCAAGGAGAGAGAAGUUGCUGGUUUAAAGGCAAGCUUAAAUACCUUGAUGUCUGAAAUACAACGCUUGAACAAGUUGUGUGCUGAGAGGAAAGAGGCUGAAGAUUCUCUAAAAAAAAAGUGGAAAAAGAUUGAAGAGUUUGAUUCUCGUAGAUCGGAACUUGAGACCAUAUAUACGGCACUCCUUAAAGCAAAUAUGGAUGCUGCUUCGUUUUGGAGUCAGCAACCAUUAACUGCUAGGGAAUAUGCUUCAAGCACUAUAAUUCCAGCAUGUGCUGCUGUUGCUGAGACUUCAAAUAGUGCAAAGGAUCUCAUUGAGAAAGAAGUGUCUACAUUUUAUAGAAGUCCAGAUAAUAGUCUCUACAUGCUUCCUUCUUCCCCACAGAAAGAAAGCGCAAUUUGGAGGGUUGGGAAGGGAAGUUUUUCUGCGAUAAAGAUUGACUGUUUACCUAAUUCUAAACCAACAUCUGCACUGCUUGAGGCCAUGGGCGCUAGUGGACCCCCUGGCCAGGAAGCUGUUACAAAUGCAGAAAUAAGUGCAGCUAUUUUGACAGCACGAGCUGGUGCUCGGGAUCCAUCAGCAAUUCCUUCAAUAUGCCGUGUUUCAGCUGCACUUCAGUAUCCUGCUGGUGAGUAG